AUGCAGCGUGCUGCGGUCUAUGAGGUCUCUCAUGCCAAGGGGGACUCGUCGGUUCUUCUGCUCGACCGGAAGAUUCACAGCCUCGGUGCCAACAAGCGAUUGAGGAGGUUACCGCUUAUAUUUCCAGAAAUCCUCUUUACAGAAAGCAAGGGGCAUCGCAUUACUACUGGCUUUAAAGGUGAAACAAGUGACCGUCGGGUGCUCCGUGCACCGAUCUGUCUGUCUGUCAGUGGAAAACUGGGGGAGCUGAGCACCAGGACAGCCAUACAGGAGAAAGAAGCAGGCUCUGUCCAGCCGGAUGGGACAGAUGGAAACUGUGUCACAUUUGUGUUGCAUGAUGAGGACCACACUCUCGGCAACUCCCUCCGGUACAUGGUCAUGAAGAACCCUGAUGUGGAGUUCUGUGGCUACUGCAUCACGCACCCCUCUGAAAGCAAGAUCAACUUCCGGAUCCAGACCAGAGGGGCCCUUCCUGCUGUUGAGCCGUUCCGGAAAGGGCUGAACGACCUGAUGGGUGUUUGCCAACACGUGCUCAACACCUUUGAGAGGAGCAUGAAGGAGUACAGGGCCCAGAGGGAGGAAGAGAUGCAGUAGCAUUUGGGGGUGGCAGUCCCCAUGGAUGUGUGUAAUGUCUGUGUGUUGAAUUCCCUGUGUCAAGAGUUUUUGUUUGGUUGUUCUUUUAUGACCACUUUGAUGCAAACCUGUAUUUUUCUCUAAUAAUAAAGUUUAUGAAGUUUGAUGCCGCA